AUGGCACGUCAACAAGCAAAAUUACCAAUAAAAUCUUUUGAAUAUUCAGAACUUAUUGAGAAUUUUCUUUAUCUUGGUAGUAGUCAAACAUCGAAAAAUUUAGAAGGUCUUCAUUCAUUAAAUAUAACUCAUAUUGUAAAUUUAGCUGGUAAAUGUUAUUAUCCAUCAGAAUUUACUUAUGGCGUAUUUCAUAUUAAUGAUGGUUUAUCAAAAAAUAAAUGUGAAAAAAAUUUGCCUCUUAUACUUCAAUUUAUUGAUCAAGCUCGUCAAGAAAAAACUUCUAAUCGUAUAUUAAUUCAUUGUCGUGGUGGAAUGAGUCGUACACCAUUUAUAGCUAUUGUCUAUUUAAUACAUUCGAUGAAUAUGACAUUAAUUGAUGCAUUUAGUCUUGUUAAAAAAUGUCGACCACAAAUACAUAUACAUGAAGAACAUUGCAAAAUGUUAUUAGAUUUUGAUAAAUCAAAUAGUUGUACAUUAGAAUUCUUAUUAAAUAAAUAA